CGCGUGAAGGGUAGAAGGGCUCGCCUCCAUGGAGACCGCACAGAACAGCGUUCCGGCCAGGUCUGGAUCUGAGCUCAGGAACGCGGGGCAGAGCUGGGGACAGCUCGGCGACGCGACCCAGGUUGAAGGAAGAGUACAAAAUUUUCAUCUCGCGAGACUUGUGAGCGGCCAUCUUGCUCCUGCCCUGACAGAUUUUCCUAUCGGGGUCACAGGGACGCUAAGAUUGCGACCUGGACUUUCGUUGACCAUGCUGUCCCGGGUGGUACUUUCCGCCGCCGCCACAGCGGCCCCCUCUCUGAAGAAUGCAGCCUUCCUAGGUCCAGGGGUAUUGCAGGCAACAAGGACCUUUCAUACAGGGCAGCCACACCUUGCCCCUGUACCACCUCUUCCUGAAUAUGGAGGAAAAGUUCGUUAUGGACUGAUCCCUGAGGAAUUCUUCCAGUUUCUUUAUCCUAAAACUGGUGUAACAGGACCCUAUGUACUCGGAACUGGGCUUAUCUUGUAUGCUUUAUCCAAAGAAAUAUAUGUGAUUAGCGCAGAGACCUUCACUGCCCUAUCAGUACUAGGUGUAAUGGUCUAUGGAAUUAAAAAAUAUGGUCCCUUUGUUGCAGACUUUGCUGAUAAACUCAAUGAGCAAAAACUUGCCCAACUAGAAGAGGCGAAGCAGGCUUCCAUCCAACACAUCCAGAAUGCAAUUGAUAUGGAGAAGUCACAACAGGCACUGGUUCAGAAGCGCCAUUACCUUUUUGAUGUGCAAAGGAAUAACAUUGCUAUGGCUUUGGAAGUUACUUACCGGGAACGACUGUAUAGAGUAUAUAAGGAAGUAAAGAAUCGCCUGGACUAUCAUAUAUCUGUGCAGAACAUGAUGCGUCGAAAGGAACAAGAACACAUGAUAAAUUGGGUGGAGAAGCACGUGGUGCAAAGCAUCUCCACACAGCAGGAAAAGGAGACAAUUGCCAAGUGCAUUGCAGACCUAAAGCUGCUGGCAAAGAAGGCUCAAGCACAGCCAGUUAUGUAAAUGUAUCUAUCCCAAUUGAGACAGCUAGAAACAGUUGACUGACUAAAUGGAAACUAGUCUAUUUGACAAAGUCUUUCUGUGUUGGUGUCUACUGAAGUUAUAGUUUACCCUUCCUAAAAAUGAAAAGUUUGUUUCAUAUAGUGAGAGAACGAAAUCUCUAUCGGCCAGUCAGAUGUUUCUCAUCCUCCUUGCUCUGCCUUUGAGUUGUUCCGUGAUCACUUCUGAAUAAGCAGUUUGCCUUUAUAAAAACUUGCUGCCUGACUAAAGAUUAACAGGUUAUAGUUUAAAUUUGUAAUUAAUUCUACCAUCUUGCAAUAAAGUGACAAUUGAAUGAAA